UGUGCAAUCACAUAUACUUUUCUUCAAUAUUUAAUGUUAUUUUUUAGUUCCUGCUUUGACUUGUAUUACUCGGACGAGUUCAUCGGAGCUAAGGCAGCUGCAAAAUUAUGGAUCUAGUUCAUGGUCCCGGUACAAGUGAGUUGUUUCAAGCUCAAUCUCAUUUGUAUAAACAUAUAUUUAACUUCAUAGGUUCCAUGUCACUUAAAUGUGCCCUUCAGCUCGGCAUACCAGAAAUAAUCCACAAUCAUGGGAAACCUAUUACUCUACCUGAGUUGGUUUCAGCGCUUCAAAUUCAUCCCACAAAAGCUGGUUUUGUGCACCGGCUCAUGCGCUUACUUGUGCACUCUGGUUUCUUUGUUACAACAAGAGUUCAUAUGAAUCAAGAAGAAGAAGAAGAAGAAGCAUAUGAUCUCACACCUUCAUCUAGGAUCCUCCUCAAAGAUAAUGUCACCAACUUGUCGCCAUUUCUUCUGGCAAUGCUUGACCCAGUUUUUGUUUCUCCAUGGCACUUCUUGGAGAGUUGGUUUCGAGGGGACAAAGUCACACCAUUUGAGAGUGCACAUGGGGUGGGCUUUUGGGACUAUGCUGACCAAAACCCUGACUUUAAUGACAGUUUCAAUAAGGCAAUGGCCAGUGAUUCUGGAAUGAUGAACUUGGUUGUAAAAGACUGCAAGCCAGUUUUUGAGGGGUUGGAUACACUGGUUGAUGUUGGGGGUGGCACUGGAACAUGUGCUAGGAUCAUUUGUGAGGCUUUCCCUCACUUGAAGUGCACAGUUUUGGAGCUUCCACAUGUCGUAGCUAAUUUGCCAGAUAAUUCGAACUUGAACUUUGUUGGAGGUGAUAUGUUUCAGUCUAUCCCUUCGGCAGAUGCCAUUCUACUUAAGUUGGUUUUACACGCUUUGAGCGAUGAACAAUGCGUGAAGGUACUGAAAAAAUGCCGAGAAGCUAUUUCAAACAAAGGAAAGGAGGGAAAGGUGAUCAUCAUAGACAUAGUGAUUGACGAGAAGAAAGAUGAGCAUGAAAUUACCAGCGCAAAACUCUUUUUUGACAUGUUGAUGAUGGUUGUGGUUACUGGAAGAGAGAGACACGAGAAGGAAUGGGAAAAGCUCUUCGUGGAGGCUGGUUUCAGUCACUACAAGAUAAAACCCUUAUUUGGUUUAAGGUCCCUUAUUGAGGUUUAUCCUUAGCGGCAAUUACGUGAUGUACUAAGAUUUUCAUGAUCGUUGGAUAAAUCAUAUAUUGUAAGCCAGGGAAUUGAGGUGUUGUCAGUCUUGAAAUUGCGUAUUCUUAAAACUUUCUUUAAUAUUUAAACCUAUGAAAUUUGUGUCAAGAAAAGAGUGCUGUAGUUAAUUCUUAUAUUGUGUAUUGUAUUGCAUUCUAUUUAGUUGA